CAGCUGGAGACGGCUGCAGGGAAAGACUCCUCCUCAGCUCUCUCCAACGAGGUCAACGCCGCCGCCACCACCACCUCACCACCUCACCACCGUCAUUCACCAGUAGCAGCAGCACGGAGUCCAGUGUGCCCAGUGUGCCAAAGCAGCAGGGGUGCCACAAUCCUGAGACCCUCCCGCACCGCACCCAGGCAUUCCCCUCAAGCUUACACCCAUGUGACCGUAUCACAGGCAGCCUCAGGUUGUCGGAUGCUGAGGAUUUGCUGGAGCAGCCUCAUGCCGGGCUCUGGGAGCCUCGAAGCGCUGCUGGAGAAAGCAAAAGCCACUCUGAGCGGGAGGAGCGGGAGGAGCGCCCAGAGUCCAGUCACCUGACGACCCCACCAAGCCACAGAGGAGAUCUGCUCUGAGCGGGAGGAGCGCCCAGAGUCCAGUCACCUGACGACCCCACCAAGCCACAGAGGAGAUCUGCUCUGAGCGGGAGGAGCGCCCAGAGUCCAGUCACCUGACGACCCCACCAAGCCACAGAGGAGAUCUGCUCUGAGCGGGAGGAGCGCCCAGAGUCCAGUCACCUGACGACCCCACCAAGCCACAGAGGAGAUCUGCUUUUUCCAAGACACUUUCCAUGAGCUUGUCCUUGUCUCAUGGUUCAGUAUUGGUCCGUUAGAACGGUUAGCGCUCAGUCCUCUGGCAGGAGGCUCAUCAGAGGUGCCUCCAUCAUGCUGCCAGCAUCAUGGGAUGCCAAGCAGCUCUGAGCCAUGCCACUACCCAGACUGGACAGUAGGAGGUGGUGGAGGUGCCUGGAGGAGGUGCCACGGGCCCUUCACUCACUGCUUCCCCAAGAGGAAGACCAACAUGGAUGGGGACGAUGUAGAUGAAGGUGGAGAAAAAAAAAACACCCCCCCCAGCCGUUCUCUGGGGGUCGAAGGGCCCAGUCACGCCCUACCAACACAAGUGUUGAGGCAGAGAACACAAUCUCUCUAUACGCCUCUGGAGCUGAACCCUUCGCUGUGGCUGAACAGCUCAACAUGGCCAAUGGUGUGACUGUGAGUGACAUGAGUCUGGGAGCUAAGCUGGCCCAUGGGAACUCAUUGGAGGGAAGACCUACAGCCUCCCCAAUGGGGUCCCAGACACACAGAGAGAUGCCCUUUAGAUAAUGGCCCUGGUGCGCUCCAGUGUAGGCCAGGGAGAGGGCCAGAGGUCAGAGGUCAGAGGUCAGGUAGCCAGACCUGUUGGGAUUCAGCCAGCUGCUCUCCAUGGAGGCCCUAGAGCGAGGCAGCGCCUGCAGUCACAUGGCCCUGGUGCACCCUGCUCACCCUGACUCAGUUUCCACAUGCUCUGCUGUUUAACACAGGGCUGCAUGUCACUGGUGGAGGGCUUUAGCCAUGAGAGCCGGCAGCGCAAGAUGGUAGCCAAGGUGGACGAGCUGGUAGACAAGGUGGACGAGCUGGUAGCUAAGGUGGACGAGCUGGUGGCCAAGGUGGAUGAGCUGGUAGCUAAGGUGGACAAGCUGGUAGCCAAGGUGGAUGAGCUGGUAGCCAAGGUGGACGAGCUGGUAGCCAAGAUGGAUGAGCUGGUAGCCAAGGUGGACGAGCUGGUAGCCAAGGUGGAUGAGCUGGUAGCCAAGAUGGAUGAGCUGGUAGCCAAGGUGGACGAGCUGGUAGCCAAGGUGGAUGAGCUGGUAGCCGAGGUGACCAGCUGGUAGCCAAGGUGGACGAGCUGGUAGCCAAGGUGACGAGCUGGUAGCCGAGGUGACCAGCUGGUAGCCAAGGUGGACGAGCUGGUAGCCAAGGUGGACGAGCUGGUAGCCAAGGUGGACGAGCUGGUAGCCAAGGUGGAUGAGCUGGUAGCCGAGGUGACCAGCUGGUAGCCAAGGUGGACGAGCUGGUAGCCAAGGUGGACGAGCUGGUAGCCAAGGUGGACGAGCUGGUAGCCAAGGUGGAUGAGCUGGUAGCCAAGGUGGACGAGCUGGUAGCCAAGGUGGAUGAGCUGGUAGCCAAGGUGGAUGAGCUGGUAGCCAAGGUGGACGAGCUGGUAGCCAAGGUGGACGAGCUGGUAACCAAAGUGACGAGGUCAUCAUGAACUAUGUCUGCUUGGGUGUGCUGAAAUGGCUUCGGGCAGUUCCCCCGAUGACCAAAGUGGGAAUGCAUUGACACGACACUCUACCACCAUGUCUGCUAUUGUCAACACACUGAGUCGCUCACUUACAACACUCCUUUACAAGUAAACACAACAACACGGUUGUCUUUCUGAUUAGCGAUUUCAAAGCCAUACAUAAGAGACACGGGUUUAUUCGACCCAAACCAAUGUGAUCCGCUGUGACAAACCUUACCUUGUGUAUAUCUUGUUUGAUAUGUAAAGUAAAAUAAAUUAUAUGAAUCAUGAUGACACUUUUAAAAGAGAUUAUAUUCAGGCAUCUGAGAAGAAAAUAAUUAACCUUAGGGUAUAUACACUGAUAUUACUGAAGUAUACUUUUACAAAUUGAUAAUUAACUUUUUGGGGUGUAAUGUGUAGAUGGACCUCUAUUAGAUCUGUAUUAUAUUUGUAUUCAAUAUAUUAAAAGUUAUGUUACACAUGAUACAUAAAUAUAUAUAUGACAAAGAGCUCUAGACAAAUCAAUGUGCAAGACAAUACAUUUUAUUAAAUGAUACAGUCCAUUAUGACCUCAGUCUUUUUCAUUUGCUGAAUCCAACGUAGUUUAUGAAUCUUUGCACAUGAUCACUGAGUACCUUCCUGUUAUUUUAGUACUCAGCACUACUGUAACAUAUUAAAGGUUUAAAACGCUGCAACCUGA